AUGUUUUCCAAGAACCUCGCUGGACUCUUUUUCGCGGUCGCCGCAACGUUCGCCGUGUGCGCCAAAGCAGACGAUUCAGCACCACCCGCCGCGACCUCGCUUCCCUCUGGAAUACCCAUACCGACUACUGUUACGCAGUGCGCUCAGAGCUGCAUUUCCCAAGCAGCGCUACAGAACGGCUGUGCUGACCCAUCGGCAGAGGUUACUUGUAUCUGUAAAAACCCGCUGUUCAUCCAGGGCGCACUCCAGUGUGUCCAAAAGGGAUGCCCACCGGAGGAUAGCGUUACGGCUCUGCAAGCGUAUGAACAGAUAUGCGGCGCUCCCGCCUCAGGGCCUGCGACCGCCGUUCCAACCGCGACCGGUUUCUCAACACUCUCCAGCCCCGCCUCGUCCUCCGCGUCAGGGAGCGCAUCUGCGUCCGACCACAUCUCCGCCAACUCCACCGACUCGUCGAAGCACAGUGGCCACCAGACCUCCUCCGGCGCGACCUCAGCAUCGUCGGGUGUCUCCCAAAGCACCCUCACCACCGUCAGUGUCUCGAGUUCCCUCACCGUGACACCCGCUGGCUCGACGACCACCGUUCUGCCGACUACCCCGACCUCGCUCGAGGCAGCAGCCAACGCGAGCAGCGGGAGCGCGUCGGGCACAGACGCGUCCUCCUCCGGAGUCCCGAGCGCCCCGCCGGCCCCGAGCAGCAGUGCCCCCGCCGCGAGCCAGACGAAGAACGCGGCGACGGCGAGGCGCAUUAUCGGCGGCGGGUCCGGAAUGGGCGGGGUGAUGGGCGUGGGUGUCGCGAUCCUUGGAGUUGCGUUUGGGGCUGGUUUUGUUCUUUGA